CUCGGGGCUGGUCUGCCUCCCCCCCUCCCUACCCCUCAAGUGCCCGCCCGGAGUAUAAAACGACCGAGGUUGUGUCGGUCGCGUUCCUGUCCUCUUUGUUUCCUUUCGUUGAUGGUUAGACUCCGCGAGAGAAGGAUGAAGUACAUUUUGGCUGCCACGGUCAUCGUGGGCUCCGUGUUUUUUCUCGCCUUCCCCAGCGGCUCGUCGGCCGACGAGAGGAAGAAGGGACCCAAAGUGACCGCUAAGGUGUACUUUGAUAUGAAAAUUGGAGAUGACGAAGUGGGCCGGAUCGUCAUUGGCGUGUUCGGCAAGACCGUACCCAAGACCGUUGAAAACUUUGUGGCCUUGGCAACAGGAGAGAAAGGCUUCGGCUACAAGGGCAGCAAGUUCCAUCGCGUCAUCAAGCAGUUCAUGAUCCAGGGGGGAGACUUCACCAAGGGAGACGGAACCGGCGGCAAAAGUAUUUACGGCGACCGCUUCCCCGACGAGAACUUCAAGCUGAAGCACUACGGCGCCGGCUGGCUCAGCAUGGCCAACGCGGGCAAGGACACAAACGGCUCGCAGUUCUUCAUCACCACCGUCCCGACCGCCUGGCUGGACGGCAAACACGUGGUCUUUGGAAAAGUCCUGGAGGGAAUGGAAGUGGUAAAGAAGAUCGAGGACACAAAGACGGACGGUCGCGAUAAGCCCCUCCAAGACGUGGUCAUCCACGACUGCGGCACGAUCAAAGUGGACGAGCCCUUCGCCGUAGCCAAGGAAUGAGCAGAACUGUGUGUGAGUGGGAGGGAGGGACGGGGGGGGGGGGUCCAUCGUGCAGGCCACACCCGUGUCCAACCUGUGCUCUCUAUAUAAAAAAAAAAUGGCGCCCAGCGGUCAUCUGGAAGCAACAAAGGUGCGCCGACAGUGACGACACGCUGGCUACAUCAAGCAUUCCAAGGUGCCCUACUUCAUUUUUUUUUU